AAUUGACUUAUAAUCUUGACACCUAUCAACAAUAUGAAAUUCUUGUAUAUAAAUUAAACAAUUUUUGAAAGCACUAAAAUUCCAAAUUUUUUGUAAAAAUCCACCUAUAAAUUAUGCGUGAAAUAAUACACUUACAGCUUGGACAAGCUGGAAAUAAUGUUGGAAACAAAUUUUGGGAAAAUAUCUGCGAAGAGCACGGCGUAGAUCCUACAGGAAAAUGGUACGGGGAAAGCGAUCUUCAGCUCGAAAGAAUAAAUGUGUAUUUCGAAGAGGGCCCGAAUAACAGAUUCAUCCCUCGCGCGGCUUGCAUUGAUUUGGAAUCUAGUGCAAUGGAAUGCAUGCGAGCAGACCCCUUCGGGCAAUUAUUUAGACCAGACAGCUUUUUACACGGAACACAGGGUGCUGGUAACAAUUUCGCCAAAGGUCGGUAUACCGAAGGGAUGGAACUUAUGGACACAGUUCUCGACUUUACUCGAAAAAAGGCUGAAGCUUGUGAUUUUUUACAGGGAUUCCAAGUGGUUCAUUCAAUAGGAGGUGGCACAGGAUCCGGAAUGGGAUCCCUACUGCUGGAUGAAAUAAAACAUGAAUAUUCUGAUCGCAUUGUGAGCACUUUCACUAUAAUGCCCAGUCCCAAAGUUUCCGAUACUGUAGUAGAACCUUAUAAUGCUACCUUGGCUAUUGCUAACUUAUUAUCUAACUCUAAUGAAACCUACGCCAUUGACAACGAAGCGCUUCACGAUAUUUGUUUCAGGACUUUGAAAAUAGCCAGUCCCUCUUACGGUGAUUUAAACCAUUUAAUCGCCUUUACAAUUGCCGGUGUUACGACUUGUAUGCGAUUCCCAGGACAGUCGAAUACUGAUUUAGGAAAACUUGAAGUUAAUUUGGUUCCCUAUCCUAAUUUGCAUUUUUUUAUAUCCAGUUUUGCUCCUCUAGUUUCAAGAGGUGUACCACCAUAUAGAGAUAUCACUACAGUAGAUAUAAUACGACAAUUAUUUGAGGCUAAAAACAUGAUGUCUGCCUGCGAUCCAAGAAAAGGAAAAUAUCUAACGGUAGCUUCGAUACUGAGAGGAAAAGUGUCGAUGAAGGAAGUGGACGAGCAAAUGUACGCCAUGCAGGAAAAAUACAACGCCUCAUUCAUCGAAUGGAUUCCUAACAACGUGAAAACCGCUGUUUGCGAUAUCCCACCGAAGGGCUUCACCUACUGCGGCACGUUUAUCGCCAAUAAUACGGCGAUUCAAGAAAUAUUCGCGAGGAUAAUAAGCGUUUUUACGGCGAUGUUUCGCAGGAAAGCGUUCCUGCAUUGGUACACCGGUGAGGGAAUGGAGGAAAUGGAAUUUAUAGAGGCCGAAACUAGCGUUACCGAUCUGAUUUCGGAAUAUCAAAGAUUCGAGAUAAACGUUGAUGAUAAUCUGUGCGUAGAAGAAGACGACGAUUUGCUACUGGAUGAUUUAGCAAACGAAGCUAGUUAUAUUAAAAAUUAGAAAAAAAAAACGGAAUGAAUUGUUAGCGCCAAUGUUUUUCCUAGAAAAUUGUAACUAAGGCUCAACUCAUUAUGAAG